AGCUACUAGCGCUUGUUAGCUUGACAGGAAAAGCAAAAGCGUCAAGGAGCGACACACACACACACGGACGGACAGACAGACAGAGCAUCCGAGCGAAUCUUUUCUCUCACAAAAAGGAGAAGAUCGCCGUUGGCAGCAGCAGCAGCGCUGUUGAUUUCACGGUUAGCCGCGAGUGUAGCUGUCAAAGAGAAUUUAGCUGUCGACGUGUUGUUGUUUUUGUGAACGUCAGACAUUUAUCGCCGCUGUUAGCUUCCCUGUUAGCUAGCCUGCGCGUUAGCGAACGUUCCCAGUCAAGACAGAGGGAGGAAAACAAAGUCCACCUUUGACAUUUGUUUUUGUGUGUUUUUACCGCAGGACCGUCCGUCAGCUGUGGCACAAUGACGUCAAGGAAGAAAGUUCUUCUCAAAGUCAUCAUCCUGGGAGACUCUGGAGUUGGGAAGACCUCACUGAUGAACCAGUAUGUGAAUAAGAAGUUCAGUAACCAGUACAAAGCAACAAUAGGCGCAGAUUUCCUCACAAAAGAAGUCAUGGUCGAUGACAGACUUGUCACAAUGCAGAUCUGGGACACAGCAGGUCAGGAGAGGUUCCAGUCUUUAGGUGUUGCGUUCUACCGCGGAGCAGAUUGCUGCGUCCUGGUGUUCGACGUGACUGCACCCAACACCUUCAAGACCCUUGACAGCUGGAGGGACGAGUUCUUGAUCCAGGCCAGCCCUCGAGACCCUGAGAACUUCCCCUUUGUGGUACUCGGCAACAAGAUCGACUUGGAGAACAGACAGGUAACAACCAAGCGAGCGCAGGCUUGGUGUCAGAGCAAGAACAACAUCCCAUAUUUUGAAACCAGUGCCAAGGAGGCAAUUAACGUGGAGCAGGCCUUCCAGACUAUUGCACGCAACGCUCUUAAACAGGAGACCGAGGUGGAGUUGUACAACGAGUUCCCUGAACCACUUAAGCUGGACAGGCACGAACGAGCCAAGCCGUCGGCAGAGACCUGCAGCUGCUGAGGACUCCGGGGAUCGCCAGUGUGGUGGCAGGGGGUUGACCUUUGCCCCCACGACCCUGUCUUGCCUUGUCUAUAUAUCCCUUUUCCCAUCGCCCACUGUGUUAAACCCUGAUGCCCAACGUACAAGCAGCAAGCCACUCAUAGAGUAUACUACGACUACGACACACACACACACACACACACACACACGAACAUGCUGCACUCCCAUCCUUAUGUAUACAAGUUACACAUUUUUAUAAAAUACAAGUCUCCUAGCCCAAAGAACACGUUAUAGGAAACAUGACAUUUACGACGCUUAUUACUUCCCAGUUUGUCUCCAGGUGGUGGUUUUGGGCCAAUCUCAGUCCAGUUCCUUGUACAAUGCUGCUGUCACACCCAGUUCUUUUGGUUCUAAUUGCUUUUAUUUGGAUACUCAAAGUAGUAGAUUGAAGCAUUAUCUCUAUAUAUGUUCGUGUUGGAGGUUUUUUUUUGUUUAUUUGUUUAUUUUUCUUUUUAAUCAAAGCUUCUUUAGCAGUGCUGGUUGUUUUCGUACAUUUCACAGCCUGCCACUGCCGCAUGGCCACGCCCCCCUCCACUCCCCUGCCCUCCCCACCUUCUCAUUUUACUCAUUUUGUGGCUUAAAAUUUUGUCUCGCACUCAAAAACACUCGACACCACGAUUUCAAUUUACCUGAUGCAACCUUAAAAACAAAGGAAACAAAUACAAGGACACUGCAGUCGUGAAGGAUCAUCAGAGCGCAUGAAGGUGCAUGUGUGGAUCGCGUUAACGCGCUGGUUCAUUAGAGUAGAAGUGGAAAAAUCCAAGUCCAUCAGACGAGUUUGUACAGAUGUUUUUUUGUUCGCUUUUCUUUUUUUAAACAAUAAUCUACGACAAUAAACGCAGUUGUAGCCCAGCGCGAGGACAUCAUGUGAAUCCAGAUUAUAAAUCACGAGUGCUGUUUUUCUCGUUAUUCUUGAAACAAUAGACAUGAAAUGAACCAAAUAGUCCUGGACACGAGGGAUUGUUGUUUCUUUCUUUUUCAGUAUAAUACAGUAUAAAUAUCAUUUCUAAGUCAGUACCGUUCACUAGUACAUUUUCUCUUUACUGUCGGCUGCCGCAAGACUUUGUAUAUUUGCAAACCUCUCGAUCAUUAUGGGUUUUGGGGCUAAAAAGAAAUGAAAAAGUUGUGUUGUAAAUCUUCAUAUCUGACUGCCAGAUGCUCGUGUUGGCAAACAGUAAAAGUGCUUGAUAUCUGACCGAUCUGUUCGUGUUUAAACUUUGAAAAUGUAUCACAGAUUACAUACAACAACAAAAAUGUGCCGGGGGGGGACCGGCAUUCAUCGUUAUUAUAUCGUUAAUAUGAUCAAUGCAUUGCAUCUACAUCGUUUCAGUGUCUUUGCGUUUCAAGUAAUAAGGGUAAUAAAAAAUCUUGGAUAAAGCA